AUCUUUUUGUAUAUCAUUUCAAGGUUUUUGGCCCAUUUAAAGUCUUAUGUUCGAAAUAGAGCUCAACCUGAAGGAUCAAUUGCAGAGGGGUAUAUCGCUGAUGAGUGCCUCACCUUUUGUUCAAGAUAUUUUGAAGGCAUUGAGACUCGAUUCAAUCGGCCUCGUAGAUACGAUGAUACCAUCUUAAACAAGGAAAAAUAUUUUUUCAAGUCUGGAGGUAGAGCUGUUGGAAAAGUUGAAAUCAUGAAACUUGAUGAGUUAUCAUUGGCUCAAGCACAUCGCUAUGUGUUACUACAAAGUCCUAAGAUUUUUUCAUAUUUAGAGCAUUUCCUAAAGCAGCGAAGAAACAUGCACCAUGGACAAGUUAAUCAAAAUGUGGAGAAUAAGUGGGUAGUUGAGGAGUUUCCUGGUUGGCUUCAACAACAGGUUCCAAUAAUGGAGAAACAUCAUUGUGACGAAGAAACAGUAGCCCUCGCAAGAGGGCCAAACAGUUAUGCAAAGAGAUACAAAGCUUUCAUGAUCAACGGUUUUAAAUUUCAUACAAAGGAUCAAGAAAUCUACAGAAAGACUCAAAAUUCAGGGGUGGUUGUUGAAGUCAAAGAAGGGGAUGAGGAAAAUAUAGUUAAAAAGUAUUAUGGUUCUAUCAUAGAUAUAUAUGAAUUAGACUACUAUGGAAAAGGCAAUGUGGUGAUUUUUCGAUGUGAUUGGGUUAAUAUAAAUUCAUCUAGUGGAUUAAAAAAAGACAAGUAUGGGCUACCUCUAGUGAGCUUUUCAAGGUUGAUCCAUACAGGUGAAGCUUUGAAGGAUGAUCCAUUUGUUUUGUCCACUAAUGCAAAGCAAGUGUUUUAUGUGCAAGAUGGCAAAGAGAGUGAAUGGAUGCACAUUGUAGAGACAAAGCCUAGGGAUUUAUAUGAUAUGGGUUCAAAUUUGGAGGAGGGAUUUAUAUGAUAUGGGUGUUUGUAACAAUUUUAUGUCCUCUUACUAUUGAUUCACAUCAUUCUCCACCUAUUGAUUAAAUUCUAUAAAAAGAAACUGUGGGAGUGGCUGUUGUCUGA